CUAGACAUUAGAACUUUCAACUUUAAAGUUUUUAGUUACUUAGUACUUAAUUAAAGAUUACUUUCACAAGUUAUUUGAAAAGAUAAAGUGAUAUAUUUAUCUUUAUGUUAUUUAAAUUACCAGUUCAAAUAAACCGUAUAAAAUAAAGUCGAGACAUAACCUCAAAAGAGAUGGCUACUGCCUACGGAAUACAUAUUGGUAAUAGUUCCGGAUGUUUAGCUGCAUAUUCGAAUGGUGCACCUGCUGUGAUAGCUAACGACGCUGGUGACAGAGUGACUCCUGCGAUAGUGGCACUGAAUGCUUCAGAGUGGGAAAUUGGUCUGCCGGCCAAGUCGGGACAACCGUCAUCCAAAUCUAUUAUAAAACAUAAUAAACGUCUUAUGAAUUGUGACUUUACCGAAGAAGAUUUAGCAUAUGUAGAAGCGUCAUCAUCAUGUCGUAUACAAAAUGAGGAAAAAGUUGUGUAUGAGUUUGAGACUAGUGAAACAACUCUUUGUUUAAAUCCAGAUAAAAUAGCUACAAAAAUCUACUCGAAACUAUUCACUAUUGCUAGUCAUUCCGUAGGAAGUGAUGGUGAUUUAAAAUUAGUUUUAGCAGCACCCCUGCAUUGGUCAAAUGCUAGUCGAGAUAGACUAACAAAAUGUGCUGAAUUAGCUGGAUUUGAUGUUCUCCAAGUUAUCAGUGAACCAGCUGCUGCAUUGUUGGCAUAUAAUAUCACUGAAGAUGCUGCUGAGGACUUGAAUGUCCUAGUUUACAGAUUAGGAGGUUCUACUUGUGAUGCUUCUAUUGUUAAAGUAUCAGCGGGAUUUAUGACUGUUGAAAAAAAUAUAUUCCGCUCAGACUUAGGAGGACAAUGUUUAACUCAAGACCUUGCAGAGUACAUUGCUCAAGAGUUCAAACAAAAAUGGAAGUUAGACCCCCAUGAAAGUCGUAGAGCGAUGGCCAAAUUGCUACACCAUGCUGAUAAUUGUAAACAUGUGCUGUCUACUCUCAACUCAGCACAUGUAUUUAUUGAGUCUCUCUUAGAUGGUGUUGAUUGGAGCCAGAAUGUAACAAGAGCGAGAUUUGAAAACAUUAUUUCAUCGAGGAUAACAGCAUGCAUAGAGCCAGCACAAAAAGCAAUUGAAAGUUUUGAUGGCAAAAUUUCAAAAAUUGUGCUGUGUGGUGGAAGUAUGAAAAUACCAAAAUUACAAUCUGCAAUUGCUAAUCUGUUACCAGAGGCUGAAGUUUUAUCAGGGAUCAGUCCUGAUGAAGUUAUUGCUGUGGGUUGUGCUUUUGAAGCUGGACUUUUGUUAGAUAUGCCUGAAUCUAACCUUACAGAUAUUAAUACUGAAGUUGAAUUUUUGGGUAAAGAUAUUUAUAUGAAAUAUUUAGAUCAAACUAUUAAAUUGUUCAAAGAGGGAACUGCACCAUUCUCUCAGAAUAUUACAACUGUAGAUCCUGGAGAAGAUGUAAAAGAUAUUAAUUUUACAUUACAUGAAAAUCCAGAUACUGAAGAAUUUGCUGCAGAGUCAUUUAAUGUUGAAAAACUAAGUAAACCUUUCACAUUAAAAGCAACCCUGGAGCAGUCCAAAAUUUCAUUACAAGUGGAAUAACAUAAAUAUUUAAAAUGUAUGUUUAUGUUUGUUCUUUUAUGUUUAUAAAUUACAAAAAUUUAAUCCUAAGUUUUACAAAUUAGGAAGAAAGUACUAGGUACCACAUUAUAAAAAAUCAUUU